GCUCAAAGCCACUCUCUCCAAACACACCAAACCAAACCAAACAAAACCAAAUCAGCCCCUCACUUCUUUUUUUAAGAACAAACUUAGAGAGAGAGAGAGAGAGAGUGUUUGUGUUCUUUGUAACUGUAAUUAAGCCUCAGGCUCUAUAUUAGUGGAAGAAACGAGAUCGGCCAUGGCUUCCACCAAAGAACGAGAGGACUAUGUUUACAUCGCCAAACUCGCCGAGCAGGCUGAGCGCUAUGAUGAAAUGGUGGAUGCAAUGAAGAAGGUAGCGAAGCUAGACGUGGAAUUGACGAUAGAAGAGCGAAAUCUGCUAUCGGUUGGGUACAAGAACGUGAUCGGUGCGAGAAGGGCCUCGUGGAGGAUAUUGUCCUCGAUCGAGCAGAAGGAAGAAGCCAAAGGGAACGAUCAGAAUGUUAAGCGUAUCAAGGAGUAUCGGAACAAGGUCGAGUCUGAGCUUUCCAGUAUUUGCAGUGACAUCAUGACUGUAAUCGAUGAGCACCUCAUUCCGUCUUGCACUGCUGGGGAAUCAACUGUUUUCUUCUAUAAAAUGAAGGGAGACUAUUAUCGGUACUUGGCGGAGUUUACGGCGGCCGAGGAGAAGAAAGAGGCUGCCGAUCAGUCAAUGAAAGCAUAUGAGACAGCUUCAACUACAGCAGAGGCCGAACUACCUCCUACUCAUCCCAUCAGACUGGGUUUGGCCUUGAACUUCUCUGUCUUUUAUUAUGAGAUUCUAAAUUCUCCCGAGAGGGCUUGUCACCUUGCCAAGCAAGCUUUUGAUGAAGCAAUUUCGGAGUUGGAUACUUUGAAUGAGGAAUCUUACAAAGACAGCACAUUGAUCAUGCAGCUCUUGAGGGACAACCUCACGUUGUGGACUUCAGAUAUUCCAGAGGAUGGAGUUGAAGAACAGAAGGUUGACAGUUCCACCAAACUUGCUGGAAAUGAAGACGCAGAGUGAACCCAAGCAGACCAAGAUUUGGGGAUUGCGCAACGCAUCGAAAGACCGGAAAAAGUUAAAAUGGCCGGUCAAUUACAGGGUUCUUGUUCUUAUUUCAAAAACACAUUCUAUUGUUAUUAAUUUGUUCUUGUUCUGUGGCUUGUCUCGUUGUGAUUGUAGUUUCACCUUUUCGACUCGACUCGGUAAAGCCUUCUUCGUACUGAUCGAUCGCGCAAAGAUUCUGGGUUUCUGAAAGCUUUUUCUAGGGAAGUCUCUUUUAGUAUUCAUAUUCAGUUUGUUAAUGUGUCGUCCUUUGAUGGAGUCUGUUGUAUUUUAAAUUAUUAUUAUUAUUAUUAUUAUCAUUAUUAUUUUCUAGCAGCA